AUGAAGCCCCGUUGGGCGACCUCGCUCUUCCUUCUUCUUGGGGCCGCCUGUUACGGGGCGGGCCUGGUGCUGGGCAGGGUGAUCUCGGACGAGCUGCUGGAGUGCUACCGCGACCUGGGGGCGAACCCGGUGCCGCUGAGCACCGCCUCGCUGGUGACGCUGGUGCGCAAGGUGGAGCGCAUGGAGAACGCCGCCACGCUCGACCUUCGCACGCUCUCCUACACGCUGCUGCACAGGUUCCGCGCGGACGGCCUGGAGCGCGACCCGGACGCGGUGUUCAGCGAAUUUGUGGUGCCGGUGAGGCAGAGCGGCCGGCAGGCGCUCAAGUGGGACAUUCUGGCCGAGCAGCUGCUGCCGGGCAACUCGCUGCUCUUCCCCGAGGAGAGCCUCACGCACCACGAGAAGUGUGCCCUGCAUAUAAUGCUGUCGAGUUCAGUUGACCCUUCCGAGUGCUUCUCAAAGGAGACCAGCAACUCAAGUGUACCAAUCACGACGGGGUGCCGGGAGCGCGGCGUGGUGAACGACACGCGCGGCGCCGUGUCGGCGGGCACGGUGGUGGCCGCGCUGUGCGCCGCCUCGCAGCCGCAGACAGUCAGCCUGCGAGACCUGCUGGCGGCGGCGGCGGAGGCGGGGCUGGCGCCCGUGCUGUCCGCCGGCACCGCGGCCGUCGCGCCGCGGGACCGCGAGAAGCUGGAGAGCCUCAAGGCGUACUCCGACAUGGGCAGCGCCGCCGCCGUAGACAGCCUCUGGGCCAGCACGCUCGCCGGAGACUUGUCCGAGGUGGCCAUCUACCAGGGCCCUCGCGUGGCUGCUGUCCGUGUGGGGGCCGCCGGCUUCUGGGACGACCCGCUGCUGCCCAUCAACUACGUCAUCGGCCACAAGGUCAUCAUAGACCUCACCGACGCCGAGCUCCGCGGCGGCAUCGACGGCCUGGUGCUGGGGGGCGGGCUGCGCGCGUGGCUGGAGCAGAUGGGCCGCCUGCGGCUGUCGCAGCUGCUGGAGAUGUACUACUCGCCGCGCGGCGUCGUGCUGGACUCCCAGGGGCAGCUGAGGGCCUGCCAGCGCUCCGGCGUGCUCUCCGCCGCGGGCUACGGGCUGCGCCUGCGCAACGAGGUCAGCAUUCUCCACUGUGCUCCCCUCGCGAGGAGAACACCACCAGCGUGA